AUGCCUCUGCCACGCACCCUCUUCAUCACGGCCCUGGUCGUCGCCCCGCCAGGGUACUACGUUUAUUCAACCGUCAACCGCCUCGAAGCCAAGUACCCGCGCCUUCGGCCCGAAGCCGCCUCCACCACCGCGUUGCGCACGCCCGCCUUCCCAGUGACGCACCACACGCCUCACGUCGACAUCUACGGCGGGAAGCUGCCCGUGCGGGUGCUGCUCGAGCAGCACGCGCCGGACGGCCGCAAACUGAGCCUGGAAGAGGCGUGGGCGAAGCUCUUCUUCGAAUCGCCCACGCUCCGGCUCGAGGGCAAGCUGUUCGGCGGCUUCGCGCGCGGGCCCGGCGACUGCGGCGAGCGCGGCUUCCACCCCAAGCAACAGCUGCUCCACGGCGCCAUGGAGGUCAUCCGCGCGCCGUCGCCGCCGUCGUCGUCCGCGGCGGCGUCCCGCUUCCUGCGCCUCCCACUCGCCCAGCCCGCGCCGCUGCUCGUGCAGUGGACCUUCCCCCCGCAGGUCGUUGGCUUCGUCCACAAGGCCGCCGUCGAUUGGGGCUACCCGUGGCGCUUCAUGACCGGCGGCCGCCACGAGUUUGCCGUGGGCGAGCCCGACAACGACGGCCUGGUCGAGGUGCGCUUUGCGAGCGCCCAUGACUACGAGAGGGUAAAUCAAGAGGGACACAAGCAGAAGACGAUACCGGAGUGGACGGCGCGGCUGCACAGGGUCUAUGCCAUGUGGUUGCUGGACGAGAGGAUUGAAACUCUGAAAAAAAAGGCGGCCGAGGCGGAAGCCCGCGGUGAUUAA